UCAAGAACGUUAGAUUGUUGAAAGAAUGCUGGUGCUUGUCAACGAUCUCACUAGUUUACUGAACUAGAGCCUGCCCCCCUUUCGUCUUCCUCCGCCCCUCGGCAUCAAUGGCUUCCUACCCACUGAUCACCGUCCUCGGUGCCGUUGCCGUGCUGACUCUGGCCUGGGCGCCGGCGACGCAGUCCCUCCCUUUCGUGGUCUUCCACGGUAUUAGCGACAAGUGCAGCAACACAGGAGUCGCACGCUUCACGGAGCUCUUAAGCAACUGGUCUGGUUCUGAAGGCCACUGCAUUGAAAUAGGAGACGGUACAUGGGACUCGUGGACUAUGCCACUUAUGGAGCAGACUGCCAUUGCUUGUGAGAAGGUGAAGAACAUGAGCGAACUUAGCGAUGGCUUCAAUUUAGUUGGGCUUUCUCAGGGCACCAUGAUUGGUCGAGGCGUUGUUGAAUUUUGUGAUGGAGCACCUCAGGUGAAAAACUUUAUAUCACUGGCAGGUAUCCAUGCUGGAAUUGCGUCGAUACCAUUUUGUGGAUCAGGUGUCUUCUGUGUUCUCGUGGACUAUUUGAUCGAGCUUCUAGGGGUCUACUCUGCAUAUGUCCAGGAGCACUUGGCACCCUCUAAUUAUGUGAAGAUUCCAACUGACCUUGCUAACUAUUUAAAAGGUUGUAAAUUUCUCCCAAAAUUAAACAAUGAACUCGUGCAUCACAGAAACUCAACCUACAAGGAAAGUUUUGCUAGCUUGCAGAACUUAGUCCUUAUUAUGUUUGAGCAAGACACUGUGUUGAUACCAAAGGAAACAUCCUGGUUUGGAUACUAUCCAGAUGGAACUUUUGAUACUCUUUUGCCUGCACAGGAGACUGAGCUUUACAUCGAGGACUGGAUUGGAUUGAAGACAUUGGAUGAAGCUGGGAAAGUCAAAUUCAUCAACGUCUCUGGGAACCAUCUCCAGAUCUCUCUCGCUGACAUGCAAAAGUAUAUUGUACCUUACUUGGUGGAUGAUGAAGCUUCAGCGAGGAACGUGGCAAUAGGAACGGCUUCUAGUAGUUGGACCCCAUGGGUUCAGGGUUUGUAUCGAAGAAUGGUUGGGCUGUUUGAGGAUCGGUCACUACUUCUCUCUGUGCAUUAGCGAGUGAUGCAUGCAUUCCACCUACGAUCAUGAAAGACAAAGCGAAAUGAUUGUUUCUGGCAUGAGUGCUCGAUUGAAUUUUUAUUAGUUGAUAUGGUAAUAUAUUCUUGGCCUUGUCUAUCUAAUUAUUUGAUGAUGAUACUUGCUGGAUUGAUUUGAAA